AAAAAUGAAAUGGUCUUGAAUUAUGAACAACAUGAUUGGAUUGAAAUAUUUAAUUAACUCUUUUAUCCAGUAGUGUUGUUUUACAGUGCAAUAAAAUCCUAUACAAGGUAAGUCAAAUCAUUACAUGGAUCUGAUAAAGUUAAUAGAAUGAUACCUGAUUGAAGAAGUAUUAAUUUCAAGAAAAGUUGUACACAUUUUUUUCAAGCAUAGAAUAAUUAGCGGUGUUUGAAUUGGGUUUAGAUGAUCUCCAUCUGGAUAGUGUGUUUAUGUAGUGGAUUGAAAAGGUCAAAGUGUAUUUGAAGGAGGUUAAGGGGGAACAAGAACAUUAUCAGAAUUUGAAGUUAAGUGUGUGAGAUGUAAUUGAGCUCAAAAGUUGUCUAACAUUAUAGCAGCAUUUGCAGAAUGCUAAACAUUUACACUGAAUGACACCCUGAGCCAUGGAAUAAGAUGCCGAGAAAAAUGUCAAGAAAGGUCUCUGGUCUCAUCAUUAGAAGUAGAAAAAAUAUUAUGAAAGAUGGAUUUAUUACUUCUGGGAUUGGAGAACCAAGUGUGUAUCAUGCUGUUGUUGUAAUUUUCCUGGAAUUUUUUGCCUGGGGACUCCUGACAACCCCUAUGAUCACAGUUCUGAAUGAAACUUUUCCAGAUCACACAUUCCUAAUGAAUGGAUUAAUAGUAGGAGUUAAGGGAUUUUUAUCCUUUUUAAGUGCACCACUGGUAGGUGCUUUGUCAGAUGUCUGGGGAAGGAAAGUUUUUUUACUGUUAACAGUGUUUUUCACUUGUUCUCCAAUUCCAUUAAUGAGGAUUAAUACAUGGUGGUAUUUUGCCAUGAUCUCAAUAUCAGGAGUUUUUGCUGUUACUUUUUCUGUUGUAUUUGCCUAUGUGGCAGAUGUAACUGAAGAACAAGAGCGAAGUUCUGCAUAUGGUUUGGUAUCAGCCACAUUUGCAGCAAGCCUAGUCACGAGCCCUGCACUGGGAGCCUACCUCUCACAGAUUUAUAGUGAUAACUUAGUGGUGGCACUGGCAUCAGCUAUAGCACUACUUGAUGUGUUUUUUAUUCUGGUUGCAGUACCAGAGUCUCUGCCAGAAAAACUAAGACCAUUAUCAUGGGGAGCUAAUAUUUCAUGGGAGCAUGCUGAUCCUUUUUCUGCUCUUAAGAAGGUUGGAAAAGAUCAAAUGAUUCUCAUGCUUUGUAUGGCAGUAUUUCUUUCUUACCUUCCUGAGGCAGGCCAGUACUCAUGUUUUUUUGUUUAUCUAAGAUUGGUAAUGGGAUUUUCAGCUGAAGAAGUUGCCUUAUUUAUUGCCAUUAUAGGUCUGCUUUCUGUUGUGGCACAAACUAUUAUAUUGACCAUGUUAAUGAAGACACUGGGGAGUAAAAAUACAAUUAUGGUUGGACUCUUCUUUGAAAUGCUGCAGUUGAUGUGGUAUGGCUUUGGUUCUCAAAGAUGGAUGAUGUGGGCAGCAGGUGGCUUGGCAUCAGUCUGCAGUAUUACUUACCCAGCUAUAAGUUCUUUUGUUUCAACACAUGCUGAAGUUGACAAGCAAGGUGUAGCUCAGGGAAUGAUAACAGGGAUGAGAGGAUUGUGUAAUGGUCUGGGACCUGCUGUAUAUGGUUUCAUCUUUUAUCUCUUCCACGUGGAUCUAAACGAUGAAGCUGACCUAGAAAAGUCUGCUUUUAACUCCCAAAAUAGGAUAUCCUCCAACUUUACUGGCAUGCUAAAUCCAGAAGAUACUCAGCUGGUUCCUGGACCACCUUUUGUGUUUGGAGCCUUCUUGGUGAUGGUAGCCCUUCUAGUUGCUGCCUUCAUUCCUGACUCCCACCCAUUUGGUAGCAGUACCCGGUCUCCCUCGCAUCAUCGAACCUCUCCUCCUUUUUCUCCAGCUGCAAGCACGAGCACUAGUGAUCCCUUUCUUCAUGACAUGGUCCAUAAGCGGACAGAUGGAAGUCAACCCCUUCUACAAGACACAGAACCUUUAUAGCCUGUCAUUUUAUAUACAUUAAAUAAAUUUGUCUUCUCUGUCAUUCAUACUCCACAAACUGUGUUCAUGAAGAUAGACAAGGUUGUGCUGUACAUAGUCAUGAGAAGUCAUUAUAACAUAAAGAAUGUUUAUUAGGUAAAAAUGGCUUUAAAAUUAUGAAAUAUUACAUGCUAAAUGUAUGUAAGAAAAACUUAAUUUUUAGUAAUUAAAGGAAUGAUAAUUAUUGAACUCAUUCAUAAUUACUGCUUAAAAUUCAUACUCAGCUUUCAUACGUUCAUACAAAAUGGAUAUGAUACUGAAAUGCAAGUUCUUUAUUUAUUAUGGAUAUGGGAUAUUGAAACAAUUAAACUUAAUAUUAUAAUGUAGAAUAUGUAAAUUUGGGUAUAUUUGCAUAAAACUUAAUUGAUCUUUAUUAAUAGGUUUCAUAUAAUUAUUAAAUAUGUAACACCUCAAAUUAGCCUUAAAAAAACUGAUGUUAUUCUUCCAUUCUCUAUUUUUCUCUGUAACUGAUAAAAAGAGCCAUCAUAUCAUUAUAUUUGUUAUUAGACUGUAAUAUUUGUUUUUAUUAAGGCUGAAAGGCACAAGGAUUCAUUCCUAGUUCUAUUGAAAGAUCACUUUUGUCAAAUUCUUUUGUUUUACAAGCCAAUUAGGUUUUAGAAAAGUGUUUCAGCUUACUGUGGAUGUUUGUUUUUAUUAGGUGAAAGAUAUGUGGCAUUAUCCAGGAAUAUAUCUUGUGCCUUCAAAACAUCUGUUAAAAAAUUCUAAAUCUGCAUAGGUAUUAUUAUUAUAAUAUAUGAAGAAGAAUAAUUAAUUACCAUAAAUAAGAGUUGUAUUUUAUACCAGUAUUUUUCUUAGUCAUAAAUUUGAUGAUGUUAAGAUUGGUCAGUUUGAGGUGAGGUUUUUGGAGAUUUUAUUUCAAUCUUAAAAUUAUAUGAUGUAACUACUGAUAUAGCAUGACCUUAAUAAGUUACUUUUAAAAUUGUAGGUGUAAUUAGAAGAAAGACACAACUUAUCCAAAACAUCUAGUUGCUUGUUAGUUGUGGUGUAAGAUUGGUUAGCUGGAGUCUGUUGUAUUUCUCAGCAUCUGCUGUUUGCAAGAAAUUUGUGAAACUAUAAAAUUUUCUAAUCUUUUGUUAUUCCAGUAUUUUGAAGUUGCACAUACCAAUUUUAUCUUGAGAACCUGAUAGUCAUAGCCUGUAGAACGAAAAGAAAGUAACUACUAUAUUUAUAUACUUCAUCAAACCUAAAUGUUAACAAGGAAGUUUAAAUAAGAUUGUGUCCUGGAGAUCUGCAUGAUAUAAACACUGUUUAUUUUCAUAAAGUAAGUUAAUGUUAUAAAUUGAACAUUUAAUUGCACAUUUUGUGAUACAUUAGCCCUCCAUAUACAAGCUUGGUCAUUUUUACCAGCCAUACAACCACCUUGAAACUGUUCUUUGAAUGUAGUAAGUAUAUCUUCACAAAAUUUGGCAGACUUGUUGUAAACAUUAAGAGUCAUUUUUUCACCAAAAAAUCAGAUUUGCUAAUUAAAUAUUUUUACUGAAGGUUUGUCUGCGAAUUUGUGGAGUCCAUGUGUGAGGUGAUUUUCAUGUUAAAACUAAUAGUACUUUUUUUCAUUUUACAGUUUCAGAUUUGAUGUGCAUAAUCUGUAGAACCUUGAAAAUUAAUAUCAAAAGUUUUUUCAGUAAAAUGUUAUAUUGUAUCUGUCAUUUCCUCUACUCUAACACUAUAUAGACUUGGUCUAUUUGAUCAACCUUGUAACCACCCCAAACAAUAUGAAAUAAUCAAAAUUAUGCUUUUUUUUCUAGAAUGACUGCAGAUUGUAAGAGAAAAUUAAUUAAAAUUCUUUAUUCUAAACAGCCUCAGACUCUUAACAAUUUACAUCUGUUCUUAUUUAAUUUUAUUGCUUUUUGAACCAUGUCUAACUGUUGAACAUGUACAAGCUAGAAACAACCUGGUGAACACAUAUCAAUUAACACUAUUAAAUUACAUAAUGAGUGAACCUCUUACAUGUAUACCUUAUAGAGAAAUUAAUGUAUUUUUGUUAUUUAAUUUUUGUAAUUUAUGUUUUUUUAUCUAACCUCAUGAGUUUUCAGUUUUUACCUUUUAGUUACUUUUAUAAUGAUAAAUAAAAAUAUACAUAAAAAAACAAACAACUUAGUACUUACAUGUGGAUCUUGUACUUUUGUGCAGUUGGAGAUUGAAAGUGUCGAUAAAAGUUAACCUUAAUUUUUGUUUGGGUUGUUGUUAAUACUUUCCAGAAUUUUUAUUUUAUUUAGAUGAUUAAUUUAAAACACAAAAUAAUAACACAAACAAAGCAAACAAUGUCUUAUAACUAUUAUUAUUUAACUGGUUUUCUGACUAAGCCAUGAGGGUAUUUAAAUAAUUUCCUUAGCUGGUUGAACUGAACUUGAUGAUAGAAACUUGGAAGCUGUAUACCGAAUAAUUCAAAAGCUGUUAUAAGAUUGAGCUAGCAUUAUACAUAAAUCAGUAAAUUAAAGUUUUCUAUUUCUAUUGGUUAUAAAUAAUGUAAUAGCAAAUGUCACUGACAGUCACUGACAUUUUGUGAAAAAUUGUAUGUGAUAGAGUGUGUGGGUUUAAAUUUAUGGUUUAUAUCUAAGUAAAAUUAAAUGACUGGAGAAUAUAAUAUUAGUUAAUGUCUUAGCAAUAUUUAUAAGUUUGUAAUGUGCAUUAAAACUCAGAAGCUCAAAUAGAGUUGUAAAGAUUAUAUGAAAUCUGAGGGCUUCAAUACCCUUUGGCAGACCAUAACCCAUUGUGUAGCUAAUUGUGCAAUUUGGAAUAAACAAAUGUCACAUGAUAUAAAGUAAAGGUUGAAAGUUUAUUUAGAUGUUUCCUUUUGAACUUAAGAAAUUAAAGCUUAUCAGAUAGUUAAUUUGAUUUAUGAACUAUGUUUGAUGCCAAGAUAAUGAGAUUAAUUAAAUUUUGAAUGUAACUCAAAAAAUUUGAGACAUGCAUUUCUACCUACCUAUAUCCAGAAGGUUAAUAAAGAUGGAAGCUAAUAAACGUAGUGAGAACUGUUUGUUUACAACUCCCAACUACUACUUUGUGCAUUUCUAAUUGGGUACGUUCGUGUGUGCAUGUCUAUUUAGCUUUUUUUAUUUUUCUUAUGAAUCUGUAUCCUACAAUUUUUCCCUGUGUGUUGUAGCAUGAUUCAAGGUUGAAGACUAGGUCCGUGUUUAAACAUUUAUGAAAUGGUUGUUGUUAUACAUAAGGAUUUGUAUUAUCCACGGUUUUCUUUAUUAGUUAUAGAGCUGGUUUUCUCUUAUUUAAGUAGAAUUUUCUAGUGAGAAGACUGUUGACCUAACCCAUGGAUUAUGUCCUUGGCUUAAAUAUUCGUAUAGAUGUAUAUUAUGAUCCAUCAAACAUAUUCUAAAUACAACUAAAAGUGCAAAUACUGAUUUUUCCACUGUUUAAGUAUUUUUUUAUCCAUUAGAGAAGUUUAUGUUAAUCUCUUAAAAUUUCAUAAAGCUAUGUGUUUGAAAAAUAUGAUCUGAUGAAUUAUAAGUCAUUAUAAUAUGUAAAAAAACUACACAGAAAACUUAAUGUCAAGAGUAAUGGACUUUUUAACCAUUUCAACUGAGUAGUUGUUUUAUUUGAGUAAAGUAUUUGAUGAUUAACAUGUUUAAUAUAAAAACUUGCCCUGUGGUAAUAGGAGUUAAUAAUUUUAAAAAACAACCGGUGUUACCUCGGUUUUAUUGUCUCUUAUUUUGAUGUUUGAUGACCCCACUUUUGGCUAUCUUUAAUGCUAAGGCUAUUGUAAUUAUAAGAAACCAUUUUUGUGAUAUACUCACUGUGAACUCUAGGAAGUAUAUGGCAAAUAGUAAAAGUAGAAUUAGAAUUUUUAAAAAAUUGUCAUAUGAAGUCCUCAAUAAAUACUGAUAUAUUAAAAAUUCCUAUUUAAGUGGUAGUGAUAACAUUAAAUAUCAUGCCAGUAACUGCGUGUGGAAAAAAACAACUUAAUUUGAGGAUUAAAUGUAUAAUUAGAAUUAGCACAAAUUCAGUAUUUACUGUUACUGCUUAAGGAAUGAAAUUGUUUUUUUUUUGCUGACAAAUAUCUGCAAUGCAACUAAAUGAUGAUGAUUUAUUAAGUAUCUUUUAAUUUUCAAACUAACUACUGGAUAAGGAAGUUUAUAACACAAACAAUGUUCAUUAUUAUAUGUAUGUAAUUUGACAUUCUGCAGGUUUAAUCCGCUUUUUUUUACCUUUUCACUAGUUUAUUUGGUUUAAUAUAUAUAUUUUGUGAUGAUGAAAUUGUAAUAAAGGAUUUUAACUGAUUGAA